CUCACAACAUCGUUCCGUCACUUUGUUGUGUGCUCGGUCGUGAUGGAGGGGCCCAUUCUGUGUGUGUGUGUGUGCCACCUUUUGGGGGGGGGGAUUCGUGUUCAAACAGCUCAAACAGUGCCGCAGACACACGCAAAUCCUCACAAACGCUUCGCUGGUUUUCUGUAUCUGCCGCGGUGGUCCGCGCUCAAAUACAUUCGUGGCUCAUAAAUAUUUAUAUGUGUGUGUGUGGGGGGGAGGCUUCACAUGCAGAAAUCCACCCUGCCCGCCAGAAAAGCAUCAGUGCCUUUUCGAGUUUCGAGUUCUGGUGGUGGGUAUAGUGACCGAGUCGGCCACGUUUUCAUCACAAUAAAAGCUAAUAGGUUAUUUUGUGUUGCCUCUCUUGUCGAUCUCUCCUUUUUCCGCUCGCUUUCCACUUGCACGCCACUUUUUUUGAGGCAGGGGGGGGGGGUGGCGUUUGAGCUCAGCUCCAACGCUGGUACACGCCAAAGUAUUUUCAGCGUAAAUACUGGCAGUGAAAGUGUACACUGACAUCCAACUAAAAGGUAACCGGAUCGUUCCUCGGGAAUCUCUUCCCCCUUUUCCUCCCCUGCUUCUUUCCCCUCAUCAUUCAUUUUCCCGCCUCCUGCGUUCCAGGUUUGCAGAUACCCACCAUGGCGGACAGCUUCGACUGCGUCAACUGCAUGGAGUCCUUGUACGGCCGCAAGUACAUCCAGUCGGACGCCAGUCCGUACUGCAUCCCCUGCUACGACAGCCUGUUCUCAAACACCUGCGACGAGUGCAAGGAGCUGAUUGGCCACGACGCCAGGGAGCUCUUCUACGAGGACCGGCACUACCACGAGCACUGCUUCCGCUGCUUCCGCUGCGACCGCUCGUUGGCAGACGAGCCGUUCACCAGCCAGGACGACGCGCUGCUCUGCAACGACUGCUACUGCAACGAGUUCUCCUCCAAGUGCGUGGCCUGCGACAAAGUCGUCAUGCCCGGAACGAGGAAGCUGGAGUACGGCGGCUCCACGUGGCACGAGGGCUGCUUCAUCUGCCACAGCUGCCAGCAGCCAAUCGGCUCAAAGUCUUUCAUCCCCGACAAGGACGAACACUACUGCGUGUCCUGCUACGAGGACAAGUUCGCCCCGCGCUGCACGCGCUGUAAAAAGACGCUGGCCAAAGGCGGCGUGACCUAUCGGGACGAGCCGUGGCACAAGGAGUGCUUUGUCUGCACCAGCUGCAAGACGCAGCUGGCGGGUCAACACUUCACGUCGCGGGACGAGAGCCCCUACUGCCUCAAGUGCUUCGGCAGCCUGUACGCCAAGAAGUGCGAGGCCUGCAGCAAGCCAAUCACAGGUUUCGGGGGAGGAAAGUACGUCUCGUUCGAGGAACGCCAGUGGCACCAGCCGUGCUUCACCUGCUCCCAGUGCUCCGCCUCGCUGGUGGGCGCCGGCUUCUUCCCCGACGGAGAGCGGAUCCUGUGCCGCGACUGCAACGCCGGCCCGUAGAGCGGGUCGCCCCCCCCCCCCCAACGCCACCACCAGCCCUGACUUACCUUACACACCUUUCGUCACACAGCCCCCCCCCCCCCCUCCCCACACCCACCGAGUCCUUACCCAGGAAGGUGACGCAGGCUGACAGAUGCUGCAUCUCAGGUUGUUUUGUAUAUAAAGAGAACUUAAUCCAUGAGUUACUGCCGCAUCGUCUGAACGAAUCACCCCCCCUCCCCCACCCUAAAGAUUGACUUUUAGCGAGUUGAAUUUGUGCGCCAAAGUUUACGAGGGGGGGGGGGGCGCCUGGAGGAUAGCGUUACUUUCGACGUCGCGUGCCUUCGAACCAAAGAGACGCGAAAGGCGAGUCGCUUUGGGAAAAAAACAAACGUGUCGUGUUUUUUUAUGUGAACUAGUCGCGGCUUCAGGGGGACGCAGAGCACUAAAGUACAAAGUGCUAAAGAACAGGCCGCAGACCCCAGUGUGUGUGUCAAAGAGCGCUGGAGGUACCGUUUUUUUUUUUUUUUAACGUUCCUUUUAAUUCGUCUAAUUGACCGACGUAAGAACACGGAAGCGCUUUGCUAGUUACGCUUUGAGCAAAGCAGUCGGUUAACGGUAGUUGUGAUCAUUAAUGUCCUUUGCACUUUUGAUAAGAUAUUCUCUCGCCACCAUGUUAUGUGCACAUAAAAACACAACCAAAAACAACAUGGCACACAGACCACUUUUUCUGUUAUCUGUAACUGCUUCUCCAUUUUGCUGUCGUUUUUUUUUUUACUUGUCGCCAUGAAUCUUUUUGUAUCUUGUGCUCAACGAGCCAGCGAUUAACCCCAAAGUAGCUGAAAUGCCAAGAUUUGCGUCGUAAUUAUUGUGUUACUCCAAACUUUGUGAGUGUUUCAUUUCUCAUUGUUGUUUUGUCAAAUCUCUGUGAAAAGCGAUUAAAAAAAAAAAGAUGUGUAUUUCAUUAUUUUCAGCUUUUGAUGUUGGUCUGUCGGAUGUAAAAAUACAAGUUGGAGAAAACGGCGUCGAGGCGUCGACGGUGUGAACCUUCCGUUAAAAGAAGAAAGAAAAAAAGAUGGUCAUCGACUCGGCUAAAUACUACAUGUAGUUUUAUUGGAGGUCCUAAAUAAAUGUUCACUGACUGAUCUUUUCUGGGCAGUUUUUAUAUUUUGUGAUUUUUGUGUUUGCAGUGAAAUAUCUAUUCCUGGUUUACGAGGUCGUAGUUUUCUCUGGACUUGUGUUUAACUGAAGAAAAACCCUUCUGGUGUGUUUAAAAAUACCUUCUAGGAAAGAUCAGUGUGUGUGUGUGUGUGUGAGAGAGAGAGAGAGAGAGACCCGGACAUAAAACUGUGUGAAAGUGGAGAGAGGAACCAUGUGUGUGUGUGUGUGU